AUGGAAAGACAAGGGUUCAAUUCGAUGUUGUUUACUAGAGGUAUGUUGUUUACUAGAGGUUUAGAAUAUAGGUGUGGUUUAAGUAAAUCAAUAGAUAGUUUUGGUAUAGAUAGUUUUGGUCCUAUUGAUGAAAAUAACGGUGGAGACCCAUCUAGUUUAACUGAUAUGCAUAAUAACAUUCAUAGCUGGAUGAACAAUAGUGAAAAUUGUAGUUAUAGUCAUGGUCAUGCUGACUAUUCAGCAGAUGUGAACAACAUACAUAAUCAUAAUUUGUUAUUUGCAAAAAGUCUAUCCGUUUGGGAUAGUCAUAAUAAUAGUUAUGACAUAUAUUAUGCUUAUAAUGAUGAUAGUUGGACUUAUAACAUGAAUUGUUGCAUUUGGAAUUAUCUUCGUUCUCAAAUCUGGGAGGAUAUUGACAAAUCCAUGAAUUGUUGCAUUUGGAAUUAUCUUCGUUCUCAAAUCUGGGAGGAUAUUGACAAAUCCAAUGCCAGUUACCGUGAUAUGGACUUUAAGAGUUACAUUUGCGAUAGGGGCCAAAAUACUAGUGAAAGCCAUAGUACAAAUAUAAUAAUAUUAAGGAACACAAAUGCUAGAAAUCAGACAGCAGAUCCAGAUGAUGCAGAUAUAUCUGAUGUAUCAGAUAUAUCAGAUCCAUUGGAGAUAGAUCUAUCUGAUCCAUCCGAUACAGAUUAUCGAUACGAUCCAUUUGCUGAUACAUCAGAUAUAUCAGAUCCAUUGGAGAUAGAUCUAUCUGAUCCAUCAGAUACAGAUUAUCCAUAUUAUAUAGAUGGAUCUGAUAUAUCAGAUCCAUUGGAGAUAGAUCUAUCUGAUCCAUCAGAUACAGAUUAUCCAUAUUAUAUAGAUGGAUCUGAUAUAUCAGAUCCAUUGGAGAUAGAUCUAUCUGAUCCAUCAGAUACAGAUUAUCCAUAUUAUAUAGAUGGAUCUGAUAUAUCAGAUCCAUUGGAGAUAGAUCUAUCUGAUCUAUCAGAUACAGAGGAGGAUCUAUAUGGUAUAUACGAUCUAGAUGAGAUCUAUUAUCUGGAUGGAUCAGAUAGAUCAGAUCCAUUGAAGACAUUGGAGACAUCAGAUCCAUAUUAUAUAAAUGAUUCGGAUGGAUCAGAUAGAUCAGAUCCAUUGGAGACAUUGGAGACAUCAGAUCUAGAUGAGAUCUAUUAUCCGGAUGGAUCAGAUAGAUCAGAUCCAUUGGAGACAUUGGAGACAUCAGAUCCAGAUUAUAUAAAUGAUCCAGAUGGAUCAGAUAGAUCAGAUCCAUUGGAGAUAUCUGAUACAUCAGAUGCAUAUAUAUGUCAGAAGGAUAGUGAUGAUAAUAGCAAAAUGGAUAUGCUGGCUAAAAUGAACCAAUAUAGUCAUUUAUGGGUUCUAUGCGAAACUUGCUCUAGCUUAAAUUUUAAACAAUUUUUAGUAGCCAAACUGAGUAUUUGCGAAUACUGUGGUGAGCAUCUGAAAAUGAGAAGUUCAGAUAGAAUCGAACUUUUGAUUGAUCCAGGUACUUGGAAUCCUAUGGAUGAAGACAUGGUUUCUCUGGAUCCCAUUAAAUUUGAUUCGAUUGAAAAAAUUCCAAUUCUUCAAUGGGAUCCUAUUGCAUUCGACUUGAUUUUCGUGGAUCCUCCCGAGGAAGAGGAAGAGGAAGAAGAUCAACCUUAUAUCGAUCGUCUUGAUUCUUAUCAAGAAAAGACAGGAUUACCAGAAGCGGUUCAAACAGGCAUAGGUCAACUAAAUGGUAUUCCUUUAGCAAUAGCUAUUAUGGAUUCUGAGUUUAUCGCGGGUAGUAUGGGAUCCGUAGUGGGUGAGAAAAUAACUCGGUUGAUCGAAUAUGCUACCAAUCAACUUUUACCUCUAAUUAUAGUUUGUGCUUCCGGAGGAGCGCGUACGCAAGAAGGAAGUUUGAGCUUAAUGCAAAUGGCUAAAAUUUCUUCUGCGUUAUAUAAUUAUCAAAUAAAUAAAAAGUUAUUCUAUGUAGCGAUACUUACAUCUCCGACUACUGGUGGGGUAACCGCUAGUUUUGUGAUGUUGGGGGAUAUCGUUAUUGCGGAACCAAACGCAACCAUUGCAUUUGCGGGUAAAAGAGUGAUUGAACAAUUGUUGAAUGUGGAAGUGCCUGAAGGUUCCCAAUCGGCGGACCUUUUAUUCGACAAGGGAGUAUUGGAUUCAGUCGUACCACGUCAUUUUUUAAAGCAGUUUUUAACGGAGUUAUUUCGGUUCCAUGGUUUCGUUCCUUUGACUAAAAAUUUGGAAGAUUGA